GAUGCAUCGCUAACUUAAUACAGGCUUCAGCGAAGCGUCUUUGUCCGCUAUACGGUUAGUGGGUACUACGACCAUCUUUCGCAGUCAUGAGCAAAUGAAAGUGAUUGGGCUCCGCUCUACCAACAUCAUGUCCGAUGUCAGGUGAAACGUUCAGCCCCAUCUCAACCAGUCCGCACCAAUUUUGUCUAUACUUGCAAGUCCUGAGUCCCGCCCUUGCGCACACCCGUCAACCACUGCCAGAUUUACCUUCUUGAUUUUCAGUCUUUCGUUCAAAAACGUUCUUGUUGCGAUUGACCCAACUCCGAGAUUGGGUUUAUUGGAAGAAAGAAAAUGUCGGACCUAGACCGCGAAAUUAUACGCGAGCAACUUGCAGUAUAUCCUGACAACAAAUUCGGCUUCGUGGUAUAUCGUCUCGCUUAUAGGGACGACUCAGAAUGGGCGCGUUUCAUGGACUGGCUUAACAGACGCGUACGUCAAGUACUCAAGAACGAGGGUGAAGAUGAUUUGUUUACGCACAUCGACUGGACAGUCCAGGAAGAUACGCAGCUGGAAGGCGCGACCACGUCCCAGGUACGCUCGUAAGUACUACACCGCAUGCACUUCCCUAAUUCCCGGAGGCUCUUAUAGGUGGCUAGAUGCUUCCAGCAAUGGAUGCAACAGAAUUCCAGCACCAGGAAAGCCAAGUAUGAGCCAGAUCCUCGACGGAGAGCAUGUCGAGUGGUUAAUCAACGUCAUAUCGAUCGAGCUCUGCGAGACAUAGACCGCGCGGGCCUACAUUGAUCUGAUAUCCAUAGACGAAGAAGACGAG